CGGCACGUCACCCCUCUCGUGUUUUUGAGCUUCCCGGAAGCUCUGUUCGACACACUGUUACUGCUUCGGUCAGUUCUUCGCCCAGGAACUCGCCCCUACCGCUGUUUCUUCCGAGCCCCAUUUGAGAGUCACUGACAGCGUCUGGCGAGUCCCAUGGCGGAGGAAGACAGCGGGCCCCGCCGUCGGCGUCGUCGCAACGAGGAGGACCUGGACAACCCUCUGUGGGCCAUGACCAAGACGGCCGUCAAGGGGACGGUGGACACGGCAGCCUUCAUCGGCAAGGGGUUCAUGACUGUGGCGCGCGGCAUCGGGUAUGCGGUGCAGGAGGCGGCCUACCCUGUCAAGGAGUGCAUCGUGACGAGCUACGACCGGGCGGACAGACACGUCAACCCCUACAAGGCCAGAGGACCUCAGGCACCCGUGCCGCAGUUCGAGUACUGACGCUGAAUGUGGGCUGGGGAAUGGGCAGUGGGGAGGAGUCAUGUGCUGUGCAGUGAUGAUAGUUGUUUCUCUUUUUCUCGUAUUGUGGUCACGUGUGUGGGGUGGGAGUGGGGGGCUGUGCUGUGCUCGCCUUUGGUGGUGUGUUGAUGUGGG